UACUACGGCACCUGUAUCGGCGUCCUUACGGCAAACAUCAUGGCGUCGAUUAUCGUCCUCAACAUCCAGUACAAGGGCGUCUGGGGAUUCCCAGUUCCCAGCUGGCUCAGGGUCGUCAUGUUCGACGUCCUGGCUCGCGUUCUCUUCAUCUCAGUACCUCCGCGGAUCAGGCAAACGCAGGUGUCGCCUCAGCAGACCAGAGAGUCAUCGGCGUCCAUGGCCGACCAGUACCCCCAACGGCCGCGAACGGGUCGGGCGGUGCGUGAUGACGGCUUCGUGAAGCGGCCCAGCCAGCGGCAGCUGGACGAGCUGGCGGCCAAGGUUCUCGGGCCGGCCACCACCCUGCAUGUCCGCACCGACGCCGGCGGCGGCGAUGAUACCGGUGAGCGGAGGGCGAGCGGGGCUGGAAGGUGGGGAAGAGGUCGGGGUAGAGCGGGCUGA